AGAUAUCGUGAGACUUUAGUGGAGACUGCCGCUCUGCUCCACGAUUUUCUUCCCUUUAAAUCGUAAUAGUUGUUGAAUCAUGGGGAACAUUUUUGGGAACUUGUUGAAGAGCCUCAUCGGGAAAAAGGAGAUGCGGAUCCUGAUGGUGGGACUCGACGCAGCUGGAAAAACAACAAUUCUUUAUAAACUUAAACUGGGAGAAAUAGUGACCACGAUCCCAACUAUUGGUUUUAAUGUGGAGACUGUGGAGUACAAGAACAUCAGCUUCACAGUUUGGGACGUUGGUGGACAGGACAAGAUCAGGCCCCUGUGGAGACACUACUUCCAAAACACACAAGGUCUGAUUUUUGUGGUGGACAGUAACGACCGUGAGCGAGUGAACGAGGCACGGGAGGAGCUCAUGAGGAUGUUGGCUGAAGAUGAACUCCGAGACGCCGUGCUGCUUGUGUUCGCCAACAAACAGGAUUUACCAAACGCCAUGAACGCCGCAGAGAUCACAGAUAAGUUGGGGCUCCACUCUCUGCGUCAUCGUAACUGGUACAUCCAGGCCACGUGUGCCACCAGCGGAGACGGGCUGUAUGAGGGGCUGGACUGGCUCGCCAACCAGCUCAAGAACAAGAAAUAAGAAGAACUAAGAAGAGCUACUGAAGAACUAAUGUCUUUGUUUUAAUGAGUGGGAAUAAUACAGAGGUGAGGGCGGGGUUUGAACAGUACUCUAUGGGGGAAAUGUAUUUAGGGUUAAUACUAGUUUUGAGAUUGGUUUACAGUUUUUCUCAAUCAUCUUUGCUUGGUUAAAAACAGUAAAGUUCUGUCCAGAAGAUACAAUUUUCUGACAAAUUAUGCAAAAAAUCUGUGUAACAGAGUGUAAGUGUAAUUUUAAUAUCACUAGAUAGAUAUUAUUAAAUUUAUGUAGAAAAUUAUUAAACAGUGGCCAAAACCAUGAGAAAAAAAAUUAUGAAAUGGAAGUUUCAGUUUACAAUCCAAAUGCCCCAAACCAGACCGUAAACAAACCAUAGUUUAAAAAAAAAAA